AUUCAUAAAUUCUUUUUAAAGGAUGAAACAUCUUCUGACCCUUUCUCAACUGCUACUAGUCCAAGAUCAACUAGGAGCCGUGGGCGUGAUCCUUUAACAUCCAGUCCUGGUCGUGAUUUACCGCCAUUUGAAGAUGAUUCUGAACUUCUUGGAGAUAAUGAGCCUGUCCAGGAAGAGGAUGAUGGAGAAGAGUUGUUUGGUGAUAACCUGGAAAGAGAUUACCGUCCAAUCCCAGAAUUAGAUGUUUAUGAUCAAGAACACCUGGAUGAUGAGGAUGACUACUCGGAUAUAUCAGAGAGCCAGCGACAGGCUGCUGAACGAGAAAUACGUCAGCGAGAAAAAGAGGAGGGUAGACUGACCGGUCGAAUGAGAAGAGGCCUUAUGUAUGAUGAAUCUGACGAAGAAGAUGAUCGGCCUCGUAAACAUCGGAGGGCAGAGAGAGCUGCCGAGGGUGAAAUGGAGGAUGAUGAGAUGAUAGAAAGCAUUGAAAAUCUUGAAGACAUGAAAGGUCAUUCAGUGAGAGAAUGGGUAUCCAUGUUGGCUCCAAAAACAGAAAUUAAAAACAGAUUUAAGAACUUCCUUAGAACAUUUGUUGACGCAAAGGGACACAAUGUGUACAGGGAGAAAAUUCGUCAAAUGGUUGAAGGUAACAAGGAGAGUUUGAUUAUUGACUACAACAUGUUGGCUUCUGUAGAACAGGUUCUAGCAUACUUCCUUCCUGAAGCGCCAACUGAAAUGCUGCAGAAUUUUGAUGAAGCAGCAAAAGAAGUUGUAUUGAGUAUGUACCCUAAUUAUGAGAGAAUAGCUAAAGAAAUACAUGUAAGAGUUGCGGAGUUACCUCUCAUUGAAGAACUUAGAUCUUUAAGACAAUUGCACUUGAAUCAGCUUAUUCGUACAAGUGGUGUGGUUACCAGCUGUACAGGAGUUCUGCCGCAGUUAAACAUCAUCAAGUACGACUGUAACAAGUGUAACUUCAUCCUUGGGCCUUACUACCAAUCUCAGUCACAGGAAGUGAAGCCGGGUUCAUGUCCAGAGUGUCAGUCCACAGGGCCAUUUGAAAUCAAUAUGGAACAGACUUUGUAUAAAAACUACCAGAGGAUCACACUACAGGAAAGUCCUGGCAAAGUGCCAGCUGGCAGACUGCCAAGAUCAAAAGAUGCAAUAUUAUUGGAUGAUUUAACAGACAACUGUAAACCUGGAGAUGAAAUUGAAAUGACUGGGGUCUAUCAUAACAACUAUGAUGGGUCAUUGAACACAGCCAAUGGGUUCCCAGUAUUUGCCACAGUUAUUCAGGCCAACUACAUUACAAAGAAAGAUGAUAAAUUAGCCGUGAGCAGUCUGACAGAUGAGGAUAUCAAAGCUAUUGUACAGUUGUCAAAAGAUGAAAGAAUCGGCGAAAGAAUAUUUACCAGUAUAGCACCAUCGAUUUAUGGACAUGAGGACAUCAAGCGAGCCCUGGCUCUAGCUGUGUUUGGUGGGGAGCCAAAGAAUCCAGGGGGUAAACAUAAAGUCAGAGGUGAUAUUAACUGUCUUAUUUGUGGAGACCCUGGUACAGCAAAGUCUCAAUUUUUGAAGUACAUGGAGAAGACUGCCCCUAGGGUUGUUUAUACGACAGGUCAGGGUGCUUCAGCUGUAGGUUUGACAGCCUAUGUUCAGAGAAACCCUGUAUCGAAGGAGUGGACUCUUGAGGCAGGAGCAUUGGUGCUUGCUGAUAAAGGAAUCUGUCUGAUUGAUGAGUUUGAUAAGAUGAAUGACCAAGACAGGACAAGUAUUCACGAGGCGAUGGAGCAACAGAGUAUUUCAGUGUCUAAAGCUGGCAUUGUUACAUCAUUACAGGCCAGGUGUGCAGUACUGGCAGCUGCCAACCCGAUAGGUGGUCGAUAUGACCCAUCACUAACCUUUGCUGAAAAUGUUGAUUUGACGGAGCCUAUCCUGUCCAGAUUUGAUAUCUUGUGUGUUGUUAGGGAUACAGUGGACCCCGUGCAGGAUGAAAGAUUAGCGAGAUUUGUUACAGGAAGCCACAUGAAACAUCACCCAAAUGCUACUGAAGAAGAGAUGGAUGAAAACCUGAAUAGUUUAAACACAACAUCAACCGUUGAGCCAAUACCCCAAGAUCUGCUGAAAAAGUACAUCAUUUAUGCAAAGGAGAAGGUACAUCCGAAGUUGAACAAAAUGGAUCAAGAUAAAGUGGCGAAAAUGUAUGCAGAAUUAAGAAGAGAGUCUAUGGCUACUGGAAGUAUUCCGAUUACUGUGCGUCACAUAGAGUCGAUGAUUCGUAUGGCAGAAUCGAAUGCGAAGAUGCACUUACGAGACUACGUGAAUGAGGAUGAUGUGAACAUGGCCAUCAGAAUCAUGUUGGAGAGUUUCAUCAGUACACAGAAAUUCAGCGUUAUGAGGACCAUGAGGAAGACAUUCGGUCGGUACCUAGCAUUCAAAAAGGAUAACAACGAGUUGCUGUUAUUCAUAUUAAAACAGUUGUCUAAUGACCAGAUGUCCUUCCAGAGAAACCGGUAUGGACAGGAACAAGAAAUCAUUGAAAUUUCUUGUAAAGAUCUCGCUGACAAGGCCAGACAAAUAAACAUUCACAACUUGACACCGUUUUACGACAGUGACAUUUUCAAGGCCAACCGAUUUAACUAUGACUCUAAACGCAACAUGAUAAUACAAAAUGUGUAAAGUAGCACCAAGGAAGACGAGCAUAUAUCGCAGAAUAAAAAGUGCUAAAUUCAUGCCAUUGCUUUAGAAAUUGGAAAGAAGAAACAAAAAUGUUUUAAAAAAAACAACAACAAAAACCAAAACUUUUUGAAUAUUAAAUGUGCUAUUUCUUUAAUAAUAACAAGAGUUAUGAUGAGAAGACUUUAUUUCAGUGCAUAAAUGAUUAACAAAUAUAAAAAAUAUGCAUGCAGCAUAAAAUGAAUUUUUUAAUUCUGAUCGUAGUUUUGAUAACUAUAUUAAGAGUCAAAGUUCAAACUGAAUCAUAAUCAUAUAUAGAUCUGAAGUUAUGCUCUUAGGUCAUAAGGUGAAGGUCAUGUAGCUAUUCCACUUGUUAAGGGACUAAAUUGUAUAUACAAUAUUAUGUUAAGGACUUGCGUGUGUUUAAACUAUUGUUUUACAAGGUUAAACUCAAAGGUCUAUGUUUUCAAAAUCUGAUGUUUAAGACUAAAGAUGUGUUCAAGGGACAAUGUGUUCAUAUUCUGUAUAUAAUUAUUCUGAUCCACCAUAGUGUUCUUAAGAAAAUGAAAUGUGUUCAGUGUUUGUGAAUUAUAUUUAAAAGUGUUGAAACCAUAUGAAUUGUAACUAUGCCAAGCACUUGAUAAACAAUUUGAUAGAAAUUAACUAACAAAAAAGUCAUGAUGGAAAUUUUUUAAGCAAUUCUACAUUUCAAUUAUUAUUAAUUUUGAUGUUAAGGCUUCCAAAAUUCAACUAAAUCAUGUGUUGGUUGAAAAUAAAUAUGAAAUGAACAAUUUUUGAACAAUAUAGAUUCUUAAUUUCUGCUAUUUCUAUUAAAUUUUGUAUACAAAAUGUAUUUUUAAAGAAUUUAUGAAAAUGUAUUUAUAAAUGAUAUAAGUUUGUUUAUAGGUAUAUAAACGUUUCUGUCAACUACUUGAUAAUAACUUUUUGUAAAAUUAUGGGAAAAAUUUCUUUGUAUGGAAAGAAUUUUCUUGUAAAAAAUAUUAUAAAAUAAAACCCAAGACCAAAAAAUAAA